AAGUCGUUGCCAACGCAACGAAACCGCGGGAGAGCGCUUCUUAUCAAAACGCGCCCGCGUUCGAGAGCGCCUCUCUCGCGGAAGAGCGUGAUUCUUCGUGCAUCAAGGACUCGCUCGCUCGCGCGUGGAUCGAUCUUCGCGCGAGGAGGAACACCGCAGGAGAGCACACGCGGUUCAGUUCAGUUGUCUCUAAUGAUUGGCGUGGUUUUCGCGUAUUUUUCAGCUCAAUCCAGGACGGAUUUUUUUAUUUGUCUCAUUUGUGGCGACUUGUUGUUUUGACUUCCGAUUGCGAGUGAAGAAAGUGAACCGGUUUAUCGGGGCAAAGAGCUUAUCGGGAGUUCUGCUUGUUGACAACGUGCGGUUGCCGGGAGAAAUUUGUCAGUGUUCUUUCUAGCUAGUGCAUAACAAGCAUCCAGAAAGUGUAUAGAAAUCCCAGCCAAAACCGGUGCUGCACAAAGGCACCCGAUGAGCAGCUGUAGGCGAUGCUACUAUCCGUCGCCGCCAUCGUCGUCGUCGUACCCCUAGUACACCCACCACAAUGAAUCCAACCCAGUACGGUAAAGAUCCCGUCAGCAUCCACGACCUGCGCCGAGAUGAGAACCCGGUUGGACAGGCCAACCCCCUAUCGCGGUUCACCUUCUGGUGGCUGCGGGACCUCUUUCGCACCGGACUGGAACGGCCCAUUGACGAGUCCGAUAUCUACGAACCGCUCUCGUCGCACCAGAGCGAACAGCUGACCUAUCGGUUCGAGGACUGCUGGAAGCGGCAGCUGAAGCGAGAUAGGCCGAGCUUUUUGGCCGUCAUUCGGGUGAUUUACGGAUGGACCAUUCUGUCGAAGGGAUUCCUGUAUACGUCGGUGGAUUCUUUUUCGAGGAUUUUCCAGCCCCUCUGUCUCGGAGGGUUGGUUUCGUAUUUUGCCCCCGGGCAGACCACCAUCGGCAAGGAGGCAGCUUACGGUUAUGCGGCGGGGAUUGUGCUUUGUUCGCUGUUGCCGGUGAUGAUCUUCCAUCAUUACAUUCUGUACAUCUUUCAAAUCGGCAUGAAGAUACGGGUGGCGUGCUGUUCGUUGCUGUACAAGAAGGUGAGUCAAUUGUAACUACUACUAAGGAUGAUAAAUGCAUAAAAGACUUGGGCUUGUAGA